GCACUCGCUAGUCGAACGUAGUCGCGGAGAGGUCGUGCGCAAACUUCCCGUUAAUCUCGAAUCCUAACCUCUCCACUGCUGUCCAGCUUCAUCAUUAUCCAUUAUAUUCAGAUUGUAUCGAGUGACACGCCGGAAGUCGGCGAUAGAGUGCGGCAAUUCAAUCGGCCUGACACAUUAAGGGAACAAUGGAUCCUGAAAGCUUCAAGGAUUUCGCCAACGCAAUGGCGGGGUACAUCACAGAAUACACGACGAAUAUCAGGGACAGGAGGGUCUUACCGACUGUUGAGCCGGGAUAUCUGCAGUCUUUGUUGCCAACCGAAGCACCGAAAGACUCGGAAAAAUGGGAGGAUAUCAUGACCGAUGUCGAAAAAGUAAUAAUGCCUGGGGUCACCCAUUGGCAAAGUCCAAAAUUUCACGCCUACUUCCCGACGGCGCAUUCUUACCCAGCAAUUGUUGCCGACAUGUUGAGCGGUGCUAUUGCUUGCAUCGGUUUUACUUGGAUCGCCAGUCCGGCUUGUACGGAAUUGGAAGUAGUGAUGAUGAAUUGGUUAGGAAAGAUGUUGGACCUCCCGAAGGAAUUCUUGGCCUGCGGUGGAGCAAAAGGUGGUGGAGUCAUUCAGGGAACUGCGAGCGAAGCUACCCUGGUUGCUCUUCUUGGGGCGAAGGCCAAGAAGGUCCAACAAGUCGGGAAACAGCAUCCGGACUGGACGGACAACGAAAUCAUCGGGAAACUGAUGAUGUAUGGUUCCUGUCAAGCUCAUAGUUCGGUGGAACGCGCUGCUCUUCUAGGAGGUGUGCGAUACCGACUUCUGGAAGUCGAUUCGAAGCACAAACUUCGAGGUGAAACUCUCUCAAAAGCGAUCCAAGAAGACAGAGAUAAGGGCUUGAUUCCAUUUUACGUUGUUGCAACUUUGGGAACGACUGCUUCCUGCGCUUUCGACCGUCUUGACGAAAUGGGUCCUGUGUGUAAUCGCGAAGAUAUUUGGUUGCAUGUCGAUGCCGCAUAUGCAGGUUCCGCCUUCAUAUGCCCGGAAUUCCGUUACCUGAUGAAAGGCGUUGAAAAGGCUGAUUCUUUCAAUUUUAAUCCGCAUAAGUGGAUGCUAGUCACUUUUGACUGUUCCGCAUUGUGGUUGAAGGAUCCCACUUAUGUAAUUAACGCGUUCAAUGUUGACCCCCUUUACCUGAAGCAUGACCUCCAAGGCUUGGCUCCUGAUUACAGGCAUUGGCAGAUUCCCUUAGGCCGCAGAUUCAGAUCGUUGAAGAUUUGGUUCGUUCUGCGUAUUUACGGAAUUGAAAACCUUCAACGUUACAUCAGGAAACACGUAUCUCUGGCACACGAAUUUGAAGCGCUCGUACUUUCCGAUCCCCGUUUCGAAAUAAUCGAAGAAGUCAUUCUUGGAUUAGUUUGCUUCCGACUGAAAGCGACCAAUGAGGUGAACGAGGCCUUAUUGAAGCGAAUCAACGGUGCCGGGAACAUUCACCUGGUACCGUCAAAGAUCAACGACAUAUAUUUCCUACGAUUCGCCGUGUGCUCGCCAUACAGCGAAAGCAAGGACAUCCAGAAUUCCUGGCGAGAGAUCAAGCUACGAGCUGAUGAAGUCCUUGAAGAGCAAUCGAUUCCCAAGUGAUGGCGCGCUCAGAUAGCUCGAGGUUGCAAGGCCCUGGCACCUGUCAGCUGCAACCAAUCAUAGAACCACUUGUAGGCUCAUCGUAUUUCAUUAUUUAAAACACGUUCAAAUGACAUCGAAACGACGGAUUCCCGAUAGUGCACCCAUCCAUGACAAUUGUAUAAAAGGAUGAAGUAGGAUAUUGGAAAUCAACGACUUGCGAUCAGAAAAUGUGUCUCUGCUCAGUAUUGUUUAACAAAGACAAAUUCCCUCGAGUUAGAUUUUACAUGUUUCGGAUAAUUAAUUUUUAAAUCGGACAGUUGGAUUUUGUUGAAGUUAACUAAUCGAGUUAGGAGUUGGUCAUUCGUUUCAGAAGCGUGAACCGAUAUUUAUUGAAUUGACAAGAUUUAAUCAAAGCAACACAAAUUUGCUGGAACAACCGGCCGGUUCAUUGCUGAAUUGCAUGUCGGAUAAUUGGAUUUCAUAUCGAUUUUAAUUUAGUUGAUAUUAUGCAACCGAGUUAAAUGACCUAAGUUAAUUGUAGAAUAACCAACGUAAUUAACUUAACUCGAGUGAAGUGUUUUAUCGUGGAAACUGUUGUUGAUGAUUAUUCCACGAUUUAAACGUGGACGUGUAAACUGUGUAUAGUCAUAUUCUUUCCACGAAGCGAUAGUUGAAGGAAUGUUGGCCUUGAGGUGCUAAUAUCAUUAGACAUAUCGGAUUUGUUAAGUGAUUAGGGAAGAGAAGAAGAGUAUUGAACCUCAGGCUCCACGGAUAUCAUUUUAUCCAACGAGAUAACAUUGAUAUUGAUAUUUGUAUUAGUUUGACUUUGUUCGAACGCACAGCUUACUAUGGUGAUUCAUCGAAAAACAUAAAGGUGCUUACGAUAUAAUUUAUUACCGUACGGAGUAAAAGAUUGGAUAUCAUUGGCUAAGGAAACGGAGUUGGACCUCCCGUCGACGACGAGGUUAACAAAUCGAGAGUUAAUAAGUUAAAGUCCCCUCGACUAUCGCAUCGUCUAGUUUUAAGAUCCUUGUCUAAAUGUCGCACAAUAUUUGUGAUAAAUGAGGUGCGUGUAUAUCUGUACGUAUAUUGUAAAUAACGGUCUUUUGCCUUAGAAGUUUCUUGCGAAGCUGUUAACCAACAAUCUGUCUGGUAUAAAAUCAAAUGUUAUAUUUAAAUCGUUUAUAAAUGUAUAGGUUACCGAGAAUUCAAGAAAUGUUCCACUGUGUUUUGUGCAAUGUACAGUCGAAUUUUUAGGCGGAUUCCAUUUGUUUGAUCCCAUUCUCGACAAAAUGGGCAAAUGUUUUAUAAUACAUCUGACACUUGCUAGCUUCGCGAAGGAACUUUUCCGUGCAAUUAUAGGGCCUA